AUGUCUUCACACUCCUAUCAUGAUCAAAGCCUUAAUCUUGAAUCAUUGCAAUCGUUUGUGGAGCGUGAAUUUGAUGAGAAUGUGCUUCCUGCUCUGAAGGAUUUUAUUCGUAUUCCUAAUCAAUCUCCGAAUUUUGAUAGUCAUGUAUUAACAAACGGUUAUAUGGAACAAGCCUUGAGUUUGAUUGUGCAUUGGAUUGAAAAACAAAAUAUUCAAGGAUUAAAGUUGGAAGUGAUGAGAAUUGAAGGAAAAACACCAUUGAUCUUUGUGGAUAUUGAUUCAACCAUAGAAGGAAAGAAAGGAUGGAAAUCUAAUGUUCCAAUUGCAUUCUUGUAUGGACAUGCUGAUAAACAACCACCUGCAGAGGGAUGGGCCGAAGGUCUCUCUCCCUACAUACCUGUUGUUCGAAGUCGGUUGCCUUCCGAUCGUGGUCACGUUGCUGAUGAUUUUACAUAUUUAUACGGAAGAGGAUCUAAUGAUGAUGGUUAUGCUGUAUUUUCUUCCAUUCUUGCUGUCAAGUCGUUGCAGGAACAAAAGAUGCCUCAUGGCAGAAUAAUCGUUUGUUGUGAAUUUAGUGAGGAAUCUGGUUCGUGUGAUUUACCCUAUUAUUUAUGUUAUUUACUGCCUUUUGAAAAAAGUAAACACAUUAGAGAGGCACUCGGAGAGGAUGCACCCACAAUUCCUCAAGAUUACCAAGGAAAAAUCGAGGGUGAAGUAGAUUUAAUGAUUUGUCUUGAUUCUGGUGUUGGAAAUUACUUGCAGCCAUGGGUGACACUUUCAUUGAGAGGCAUUCUGGUUUUAGAAAUGCAUGUGAGCUUAAUCACUCAAGGUGUUCAUUCUGGAGGAUAUUCUGGAUUAGUGGCUGACAGCUUUAGAGUGGCGAGAAUACUUCUUUCAAGACUCGAAGAUGAAAAUACAGGCCAAAUUAAAAUUAAGGACCUCUAUGGAACCUCCACAUCUGAAGUGAAUGAGAAUGAACCUUAUAUUCCAAAAUGGGUCCUUCAAAAAUUGUCAGUAUCAGCCGAGCUAUUGGGAAGAGAAGGCGUUUGUGAAGCCGUACCCUUAGUAGAUGACAAUGUCGAGCUCAUGAGUGAUGACUUGUUGCAAUUGUUGUUGAACAAGACAUGGCGCCCAACUUUGACCAUAACAGGUGCUGAAGGUUUGCCUAAAUUUGCAAAAGCUGGCAAUGUUUUACGUCCACGAACUAAUUUAAAGCUCUCCAUCCGGUUACCUCCUCAUGUUUCACCUGAAAUGGCUGAACAGAAAGUUAUUGAAACACUCACUACAAAUAUUCCGUACAAUGCACAUGUGGAAAUUAAGAACGUUCACACAGGAUCUGGAUGGUAUUGUCAAGAGUUUAAACCCUGGUUGUUAAAAUCGUUCGAUGAUGGUUGCAAGACAUUUUUUGGCUCCCAGUAUGAAACUGGUUUUCUUGCAGAAGGAGGAUCUAUUCCUUUUAUUAAGGUCCUCAAUGACUGUUACAAGAACGCACAAUUUAUUGUCACAGGUGUUGCUGGACCUGGUUCUAAUGCCCAUGGCCCUAAUGAGCACCUUUGCUUGGAAUACACAAAGAAGGUCAUUUGUUAUGUCACCAAGAUAUUGUCGGACCACGCUUGCACCCAUGACGAAUGA